UUUCAUUAAAUAUAUCAUUAGAUUAAAUGUUCACGUAUUGAAUUAGAGUAAUUGUAUAUAAUACAACAACAACUCUAAAGAAUAUCAAUACAAAACAUAUCAACAAAUCACAUAUCUAUUCAUAAGUAUUGUUAGUUAACGUUGUAUAAGUAGGUAACUUAACAAUAACAUAUCUUCACUAAUAUCGGUGUCUAUGAUAUUUAAGUGUAAGGUGUACAUUUCUGAAGCUGAUUUGGCAUUGCUCCGUUUGUGAUUGGUGGGUCACCGUCUACGUACGUAGGCGCCAGGCCAAUGGCGGCGGGGGCUACGCGCAGCCGUCGUGCUACGGCGUAGAGGCGCGCGGGGCGCUACGCCAUCGACAGACGCUGCGUAGCUGCGAAUACCGGGAACUGGAAGCUAUGUGUUAGGUGCACUUUGAUGUGGGACAUCGGGCGUCCACCAUGCAGGGGCUGCAGGCCGCGAAAGAGAAGGCCUCAGGCCUCUUCGCCAACAAACCCCUUCUGUUCAAGAACAGCCAGUAUGAAAACUUUCAUGUGGACCAGAAGGGCUACGAUCAGAUGUACGACGGGGAGGACCUGGAAACACCACCUUCACCCGAUCGGCCCCCGCCACGACAUAUAGAUAAGUACAUCAAAGCGGAGCUGCCAUGCCUGAGCGCGCGCUACACGGUGGCGCUGCUCGCCUGCUUCGGCUUCAGCAUCAUGUUCGGCAUGCGCUGCAACAUGAGCAUGGCCAAGCUCAAGAUGACAGAGAAGCAUAAUACAUCAAGCGGCGUCAAAGAAGACACGCCAUUCAACUGGACGGUAGAAGUAGAAGCCUCCAUCGAUUCGUCCUACUUCUUCGGCUACUUCAUCACGCAGCUGCCGGGUGGUUUCCUGGCGUCCAUGUACCCGGCCAACAGGAUCUUUGGGGCGGCCAUUGUGGCGUCAGCCAUCUUCAACAUGGCUAUCCCUGGCGCCAUGGCUGUGGGGCCGACUGCAGUCGUCUUAUUGAAGGUCGCGCAGGGAUUUGUUGAGGGUGUGACAUAUCCUUCAUGCCACGGCAUCUGGCGCAUGUGGGCGCCUCCGCUGGAGCGCUCGCGGCUGGCCACGCUGGCCUUCUGCGGGACUUAUGCCGGCAUCGUCAUUGGCAUGCCACUCUCUGGAAUGCUGUCAGAUUACAUCGGCUGGCAGGCGCCGUUCUACUUCUACGGGGUCUUCGGUCUUAUAUGGUAUACAAUGUGGCUGUGGUUGGUGUUCGAGCGGCCGAGCAAGCACCCGCAGAUCUCUGGCAAGGAGAUGGCCUAUAUCGAGCAGUCCCUCGGCACCGCCUCGCAGGCCCCCAUGCCCAGCUUUUGGGGCACCCCGUGGAAGGCCUUUUUUACUUCACCCCCAGUAUACGCCAUUAUUGUAGCGAAUUUCUGCAGAACAUGGAAUUUCUGUUUGCUAGUUAUUUUCCAGUCUGCAUAUUUUAAUUCAAGAUUUCAAAUGCAAAUCACAGAGUCUGGCUUCGUGGGUGCUAUCCCUCACUUGAUCAUGACGUCGCUGGUGCCGAUCGGCGGCAUGUUGGCCGACUACCUGCGCAAGAGUGGCACGAUGACCACCACCAACGUGCGCAAGCUGUUCAACUGCGGAGGGUUCGGGCUGGAGGCGUUCUUUUUUGUACUUGUUGCCUAUGCCGAUAAUAAGUAUGUGGCGACUAUAGAACUGACGCUGGGCGUGGCAUGCAGCGGUUUUGCCAUCUCCGGCUACAAUGUGAACCAUCUGGACAUCGCGCCGCGAUACGCCUCCAUCCUCAUGGGCCUGUCCAACGGCAUCGGCACCAUUGCCGGCUUUGUGGUGCCUAUUGUCAUCAACUACAUUACUCAGGAGAAGGAUAAGCUCGAGAAAGCAAUAACAGAAUGGCGCGAGGUGUUCUUAAUGGGCGCGACGGUGCACUUCAUCGGCAUCACCAUCUACGGUAUAUUCGCGUCGGGCGAGCUGCAGUCAUGGGCUGAACCACCGCCUUCUUACGAGUCACCUGUCAAGUCUAAGGACCAUGAGACCACCUUCAUGGGCAACCCAUCGGCGCCGCUGAAAAGCAGCUCACCACCAGGGUACGGUGCAGUGGCGCCGCCGCGCCCGCCCGCGCCCGGCGCCGCGCCCGCGCCGCAAGCCCACGUGCCCAACAACCCCUUCGUGUCCGGCGCCUUCUAUCAGGCGGAGCCCGUGCAGCCUCCGGCCCAACAGUACCCUGAGCUCACGGAUGACGGCACUUACUAGAUUGUAGCUCAAUGCGGUACUUAGACUUGAGGUUUGGUUUUCAGCUCUAUUAAUUUGCAGAAAAAUUAUGAACUGGCCAACUAGCAAACUAAAUCGUAUAAGCUUCACUCUUACGACUGUAAGUCGAAAAACAGUGGUGUAAAAAAUACAUAAAAUAAUUACAUUGGUUCCCCAAGUUUCAGAAAAAUGUUUUGUUAGUGAAUCUCAUACCAUUGUAUGGCGACACCUCAUUAGGUGUCGCCAUAAAAAAUCUGGACUUCUGUCUUUCAUAACGAUAAGGCUUGAUCUAUUGAGCACUAAUUACGAAACAUUGACAUUUCGGCUCUGCAAACCGUGUUCACUCCAUAACGGGAAACAUUAUAAAACGGCUACGACCGCAGAAUAGCAGCGAAUGAACUUUAUAGUUGAAUUGACAAAGUGGUCCUUUUUACGCUAUCGACGAUUUCUCGAAAUAUUCAAAGAAGUAUUUCAACACAAUAUCAUAAGAUUGAUGUAAUGAUUGAUGAAAAUCUUACUUCUUGUCUAGUAUUAUAUUGAGGUUUAUGAUUUUCUAUUACUGAUUUUCAAGAUUUUGUGCUCACUAUAGUAUUUCCAACUAGUUGACCACUCGAUGCGAGCGCCGCCCCUUGCUCGGGUGGUGAACUAGUCAUAAACGAGUAGAUAGGUGAAAUUACAUGUGCUGUUACUCUCGCCAUGGUUAGCUUGUACUACGUCAUAUCGUUAUAGAAAUUAACAGUACCUGUUCAGAUCUUCGUUAUUUUUUUAUGCACUCGGUCAUUGUACUAUAUCGUAUUCAUAUUAAAAUCCAUUCAGGUUGAAGUCUGUUUUGUUGCUCGGUUUAAACCGUGCUGAUUUUCCUUAUAGCUUAAAAAAGUCUCGUUAAGUAUCGUUAUAUUUAUUGACAUAUCAUCAAGUAAUAAAUAUACCUUAGGGUCGUUUUAUUUUUACUUCAUUUUCUUUUAAGGUGUGUGACUAUUUGAACAGCCUCGUUCAGGGAUUAUGUGCGAUUACUC